UGCUGGGGAGGCCGGCAGGAAGUGGCAGGCAGCCAGCGAUGGACUCUGUCGCUGAAGUCAGGACCGUAUCGCUACUGUCUUCUGGUGGUUCGCUGGGACAAGGAAGAAGUGCGGUGGAUGACGAUGGCGUGAGACGGGGUAGGUUCAGUCAUCUGGAGCCGACACGUGUGUUCGUCGGGCAAUGUGGCGGUAAAGGCGCAAGCAGUGUGCGCCCGCCUAUUGGAUGUAAGCACGUGGGUGGAGCAGUUGGGGGAGGUGGGAGAGGAGGAGGAGGAGGAGGGGCCUUCGCCGCCGCGGCCUCGAGGGCUCUGAAAACGCCCCUGCUGACGAGGCAAUUAGAGAAAGCGAAAUCGUUCUUCCCCGACGCAUUUCACGCUGGCAAGUCGAGAAGGCGGCCGGCGGCGGGCGGCAAGAUAUAUGGACCACCGUGCCGCCUAGCCCAGGCAGAUGGUGGGGGAGCGGCACCGAGGAGAGAGAGAGGGGGGGGGGUUCCGAGGAUGAUGGGUCCGCCGCGUGUCGAUGCCACGUACAGCACCAAUCUAGCCAGCACGGCCGACGCCGUCCUCGAGCCGCCGCCGCUACAGGGGGGAAGGAGUGCGCCGCCGCCACAGCACCAUCAUCAGAAUCUUCAUCAUCCUUCGUCUCAGCAGCAGGGCGGCGGCUCUCCCGCGUCGUUUUCGAGCGCGUCGUCGUCAGCGUCCUUGCUGACCGCGGCGCAACAGCCGGCGCUGCUAGCGGAAUGCUUAGAGAUAACGGGCGGAGGGGUACUAGAGGGGCAUGUGCGCAUCAGUGGGGCGAAAAACUCCGCUUUGGCGGUGUUAGCGGGAGCUCUUUGCUGCGAGGAGCCGUUGAUGUUGCGCAUGGUGCCCGAUCUUCACGACAUCAGGAGGAUGUUCCAAGUUUUGCAGUCGGUGGGCGCGAAAGUGACGCGUGGAAUGGACGGCUCCGAGUCUGUCGUCGGGAUAGAUGCGUCGGGAUUGACAUCGUCAGAACCCUGUCCGGACACUGUGCGCAAAUUGCGUGCUAGCUUCUUCGUCGUGGGAUCGCUGCUUGCCAGACAUGGAGAGGCUGUGGUCCCCUUGCCUGGGGGCUGCAACAUUGGGGCCAGACCUAUCGACCUCCACGUGCGGGGACUGGAAGCGCUGGGCGCCAGAGAACCGGAGGUGGUGGACUUGGCGGAUUUUCUGAUAUCAUGUGGAGGGCACAUCAAGGGUGCAGGCACAAAUUGCAUUGUAAUUCAAGGAGUGAAACGGCUGCAUUCAACAGAUUUCACAAUCAUUCCUGACCGGAUUGAAGCUGGGACAUUUCUGGUGGCAGGAGCGAUAUGCAGAUCGGAAAUCACCAUGUCACCCAUCUGUGUCAGGCAUUUGACAGCGGUGGUCUCCAAAAUGCGAAGUAUAGGAUGCAAUAUGAGGUUCGAUCGGCCGGACAGUCUGACGAUUCUACCACCGUACGACAAUCUUCGAGGAACAGAUGUCACUACUUUACCAUAUCCAGGAUUCCCAACAGACAUGCAGCCUCAGUUGAUGUCACUCCUCUGUCUCUGCGACGGUCAGAGCGUUGUUCGGGAGACCGUCUUUGAGAGCCGAAUGCGUCAUGUGGAAGAACUUCAGAAGAUGGGAGCGAAAAUUAAGGUUACAGGGAGCAGUGCAAUCAUCAGUGGGGGGGACUACGGGAGUUCGCUGUAUGGAGCUCCAGUCAUAGCUACAGAUCUACGGGCAGGAGCAUCACUUGUGCUAGCAGGUCUGGCUGCUGGUGGAAUUACACAUAUUGAAGGAGUACACCACAUAGAUCGUGGGUAUGAAAAGCUGGACGAAAAGCUUCGGCUGUUGGGUGCGCAGAUAAAGAGGCUGUCUCUUAUACACAUCUAGAUGUGUAUAAGAGACAGGCCUACGGUUUACCGGGCAGUUCUAUUUGACGAUAUAUGUAUAUUUUAUAUGUUCGGGAGGCAUUCGGCUGAACACCCGAACAUGUUCGGACGUUCGGAAAAGCUCCGAACAUGUUCGGUGUGCUACACAGGUGUGGUCUUUUUUACUUCAUAGAUAUGUGACAAUACGUAUGUUGAGGAUUGUGUAAUAAGUUACAGAAAGGGAAGGAUGCACCUCUGUGCUUGCAAUUUUUUGCAGAUAAAGAUUCUCAAUAACU